CGUGCCCUUCCAGCCUGGCUUCCCGGUCUCUCUCCGAGCCGAGCCGAGCCUGGCUGCCGCGAGCGGCCGGAACAGAUCGCUCCUGGAGGUUGGCUCUCUGGCAGAUUUCCUUCAUUAAGAUGUGACUCUAGAAGCGCUGCCCAACCCCCCAACAAGUGCUUUUGUUUGCAAGCCAUAAUGGCUACAAAAGUAGUUCCUACAUCCCCAAAGCAAAAGAAAUCCUUUAUACUAAGAGUUAUUCCAGACUCCAGGCUGGAUCAAGAACUUGAGGAUGCCACAGAUGAGUCGAAGACCAUUCAGCAGCUGGUGAUGUAUCACUUCCUUAACUUCUUGCCCAAGCCAAACCUGGUCCAGCCUGGUCAGAAAGUCAAGGAAACCUUCCUUAUUAUGAAGGAUGCGAGUUCAAGCCACCAGAACAGAGUUCAUCUUCAUCCUUUAGUGAAGAUUCCGCCCAGAGAAGGAGUCCAGCAGAAACAGGAGACUGUGUCUCUAUGUUUUGAAGCUGACUCUGAGGAGCUAGUGGUCUUUGAGGAUUUGAAUGUAUUUCAUUCUCAAGAAGAAUGUGUGAGCAUGAAUCCUGCUCAUCACUCCACCCUGGAGAAGGAAAAGAACGAUAUUGGGGAGAUGACAUUGUUAGCAGUCAAUGAGAGUGAUAUUGUGGGUGAAGAUCUGCAGAAAGAAGACUGGAGGGAAAAAUCUUCAGAUAGUGAUGGAACAGACUAUUCCUUAUUCCCUGAGCAACUUCCGGGUUGCCAAGAAGAAAAACUACAUGCACUUGUUCCACAGCAAAGGAAAAUGAGAAACCUUUUAGUUACCAUUGAAAAUGAUACUCCACUGGAGGAGCUCUCCAAAUACGUGGACAUCAGCGUCAUCUCCCUUACUCGUAAUCGGAGAACGAGAAGGUGGUACACUUGUCCCCUGUGCGGCAAACAGUUCAGUGAAAGCUCUUAUCUUAUUUCCCACCAAAGGACUCACACAGGUGAGAAACCCUAUGACUGUAGCCACUGUGGGAAAAGCUUCAACCAUAAAACAAACCUCAAUAAGCACGAACGAAUCCAUACAGGAGAAAAGCCUUACUCCUGCUCUCAGUGUGGUAAGACCUUCCGUCAGAAUUGUCAUCGGAGUCGACACGAAGGAAUCCACGUCAGGGAGAAAAUGUUUAAGUGUCCAGAUUGUGGGAAAACUUUCCCUAACAACGAAGACUUCCUGCUUCACUUGCAGACUCAUGAGAUCGAGAGACCGUAUGGUUGCAAAAACUGUGGGAGAAGAUUUGGUCGGCUGUCAAAUUGUACCCGGCACGAGAGAAUGCACACAGCAUGUAAGAGCCGAAGCAGAAGUGAGGUCCUGGCUCAGCCUGAAGUUUCAUGAGGAAGUUUGGAUUCCUCAUCUUCCUGAGAGAUAGACAUUUGAAAACCUCAUGAUAUCCACAUUUAGAUCUCUACUUAUCCUGGCUGAAACCUCAAAUUCUUAAAAAAAAAAAAAUUCCCAAAGAUUGGGGACAUCCUAAAGGGCUCUACCUCAGGUAGCAUCCAGACUUCCUGUGCUCAGGAACUUUUUUAUGUUGGACUGCAGUAGGCAGAUCAUUUUCCUGACAGUGAUAGAAAAAUGAAUGUCUAGGCAUUUCUUACUUGCAGAGCGAGCAGAGGUACAUGAUUGAAAUACAUGGAUUUUUCUCCUCAUUACACACAUGGAAAUUCACACUUGAGAGAACAAUAAUGUGUAGAGAAAUAAUGUGUAGGUGCUGAUCUGUAGCUGUGCUCCUAUGAGUGAACCAAAAUACCAGCUGGUUCAGCCAAUAGCUGGUAAGGACACCCUGGCGAAGCCUCAAUGUUGAUCUGUUUAUUUUGGGAUGUAGGAAAACUACCGCAUUGGAAUGUGGAAGACUUCCUCUCAUUUGUGGUGAAUAGCAUUUGCAGUUUGUGAUAAAAAUCCACUAUUUUCCAGAAAUCUUUUUUAUACAAC